GCAAAUUCGCCUCACGCCCAUUUGUCUGAUCAGUCAUAUAUAACACAAAGAACAUUCUUCAGACACUCUUCUGGUCACAAUCAGCCCCACCGAUCUCUAUACGGCAAGAGCAAAGCUAUCCACCAGUAUUUUGUUCUGAAACAGACACCGCCACCAUGUCCAUGAUUACUGAGAUCCUCGACGCCUGGUCGGGGGCAGAUAACGUGCGUGUCAUCCCCAGACAGGAGGACCUCCUGUUGCAAUCACCUCCCGAGUCAGCAAUGAAGAUGUGGCGAGAUUACGCGCCGCUAACUGUUACCCACUUCCCACUCCAUUAUAUCCCUGCCAAGUUCGCACCCCCGCGAGACAUAUCUGGAGGAAAGGGGUUACGAUUGGAAUGGCAGCAAAUGAACGCCCGUCAACCGUUUUACCAUCGCAAUUCUGAUGUCGACGAGAUGUCAUACCAGGUAUCAGGGGAUCGACCGCUUAUGACGGAACUUGGUAUCGUUGAGCUUUCUCCCGGUGACUUUUCCAGGAUUCCUGUCGUGGCGGAAGUCGGCCAGGUUACCGUCCAGUCUGAAGUUAAGAAGGAUGGACCGUUCCCUGGCUGGGAAAAAGCGACACCAGCGGCCAUUGAGAUGAUGACAGAGUGCCUCGGUGCCAAAGGUUGUGAUGUUGCAGUGUCCAUGAUUGAUGAAGAUAUCCUGCUUCAUCAUGCACCUUCGUCCGCAGGAAACAACAACAAGCUUUUUGUACAGCGGGCAGCCGCAGCUGCAAUAACGGGUGAUGAACCACAAGAUCCAGAAUGGGUAUAUAAAUCCGCCAAGAUUUGGGUCGGCAACGUCAAACUGAGCAAGGCGACUGGCAAGGUAUAUAACCGCCAUCAUCGUGCCGAUGCCAUCCAUUGCCAGACGAAGGGUACUCGUAUGCUAGUUACCCAGCGUGGUCUUGUCAAGCUGCAGCCGGGCGACUUCAUUAGCAUUCCUAAAGGCUGCGCUUACACCAGUCUCUGCAAAUACUACAGUGAACAUUUGGUUAUCCUCACGAGUGAAGACGCACCUAUGGAGUCGGAAAUUAGCAAGGAGGCCAAGAUCGUUCCACUGGAAGAGAUAGAGGCUAUGAGAAAAGAGAUCUAUUGGUGCAAUAUAGUCCACUUUCAGAUUAGCGAACAACAUGCAAAAUCAAGUAUUCCUAGAGUCGAGAAUUAG